AUGAUCGGAAGACCACCGUCCCUACCAAUCAUCGGCAACCUUCACUUGUUGGGCGAACGGCCACACCGCAGCCUUCAAUCACUGGCCAAAAUAUACGGUCCGAUCAUGUCGUUGAAGCUGGGACAAGUUCCUGCGGUCGUCGUUUCGUCCCCUGAAGCUGCGGGGCAAAUCCUGAAGACGCACGACGCCGUUUUUGCAUCUCGACCCAAAGUACAGUCGACAGAUCCGUUCAAGAAGGGAGUGAGGGGAGUGGCGUUUGCAGAGUAUGGUCCAUACUGGAGAUAUGUGAGGAAAUUGUGUACCCUUCAUCUUCUAAGCGCGUCAAGAGUGGAGAUGUUCGCUCCUCUGAGGAAGGAGGAGGUGGGAGCGACGGUGAAGAGGCUGGAGAGGGCGGCGGCCGCCGGAGAAGUUGUGGAUGUUAGUGAAAAGGUGGGGGAGCUUUUGGAGAACAUGAUGUAUAGGAUGGUGCUGGGACGUCGUAAGGAUGAUAGGUUUCAGUUGCGAGGGCUGAUGAACGAGGUUCUGAACUUGGUGGGACAGUUUAACAUUGCUGAUUAUAUCCCUUGGCUUGCUGCGUUUGAUCUUCAGGGAUUGACACGAAAGUUAAAGAGAAACAGAAAGGCGCUUGACGAUGCAUUGGAGAAGAUAAUCGCUGAGCAUGAACUUGCACUUACAGAACCAAAUUUACAGCACCAUAAAGAUUUCAUCUCCAUAUUGCUUUCUUUGCUGCAUCAACCCAUGGAUUUGCUGCACAAUGAUCAAGACCACACCAUUGAUAGGCCUAACCUCACGGCUCUUUUAUUAGAUAUGAUCCUUGCGGCAACUGAUACUUCUUCUGUUGUAAUUGAAUGGGCUCUGUCUGAACUCUUGAGGGAUCCAAGAGUCAUGAAAGAUCUCCAAAAUGAACUGCAAGAAGUAGUUGGAAUGAAAAGAAUGGUGGAAGAAGUUGAUUUAGUGAGCUUAAGUUAUUUGGACAUGGUCAUUAAGGAGACUCUCAGACUACAUCCACCUGGACCUUUCUUAAUCCCUCGAGAAAGUAUGAAGGAUGAUGUCAUAGUCAGUGGAUAUUGCAUAAGAAAAAAGACAAGGAUCUUAGUAAAUGUAUGGGCCAUAGGACGUGAUCCUAAGGUUUGGUCUGACAAUGCUCAUUUGUUCUAUCCAGAAAGAUUUGUCGAUAGCAAUAUAGAUGUUCGAGGGCAUGAUUUCCAGCUAUUACCAUUUGGCUCAGGUCGAAGAGGAUGCGCUGGGACCCAGUUGGGUCUAACUACAGUUAAAUUAGCUUUAGCUCAACUGGUGCAUUGCUUUAAUUGGGAGCUUCCUCGUGGCGUUUGUCCCGGUGACUUGGACAUGAACGAAAAGUUUGGUCUCACAAUCCCAAGAACUAAGCCCUUACUGGCUAUUCCAACUUAUCGUUUACAUAGACCACCGGGCCCAAUGUCCCUUCCGAUCAUCGGCAACCUCCACAUGCUGGGAGAACUGCCCUAUCGCAGCCUUCAAUCUCUCGCCCAAAAGUACGGCCCCAUCAUGUCGUUCAAGUUGGGACAAGUUCCUGCCGUUGUUGUUUCGUCCCCUGAAGCCGCGAAGCUAUUCCUCAAAACUCACGACACCGUUUUCGCAUCCCGACCCCAUAUACAAGCCUCGGAUCCACUUUCUAGAGGAACCAAGGGACUCGUGUUUGCAGAGUAUGGUCCGUAUUGGAGAUAUGCGAGGAAAGUGUGCACGCUCCAUCUUCUAAGCGCGUCAAGAGUGGAGAUAUUCGCUCCUCUGAGGAGGGAGGAACUGGGAGCCAUGGUGAAGUUACUGGAUAGAGCUGCGGCGGCGCGUGAGGUGGUCGAUCUCAGUGAGGUGGUGGGGGACGUUAUAGAAAACAUAAUAUAUAGGAUUAUACUGGGACGUGCUAAGGACGACAGGCUUAACUUAAAGGGGUUGAUUACGGAGGGACUAAUCUUGGCGGGGCAAUUUAAUCUGGUUGAUUUUGUCCCUUGGCUUGGUGUAUUUGAUCUCCAGGGUCUGACAGGAAGACUAAGGAGAAACCAUAAGGCGCUUGAUGGUGUUCUGGAAAAGAUAGUGAGAGAGCACGAAGAAGCUUCUAAAGACCACAAGGACUUCAUGAACACAAUGCUUUCCCUGGUGCAUGAUCAGCCCAUAGAUUUGCAGGACGAACAAAACCAUGUGAUUGAUAGACCUCACCUCAGGGCCAUUCUAAUAGACAUGAUUUUUGCCGCAACUGACACUUCCAGUGUUGCAGUUGACUGGGUUUUAUCUGAGCUCUUUAGGAAUCCAAGAGUGAUGAAAACUCUCCAAAACGAGCUUAAAAAUGCAGUUGGAAGGAACAGAAUCGUCGAGGAAGGUAAUUUACAGAAUCGUCGAGGAGGUGAUUUAGCCAAGUUAAGUUACUUAGACAUAUUCAUUAAGGAGACUCUCAGACUGCAUCCCCCUGCUCCUUUAACCCCUCGAGAAAGUACUAAGGAUGUCACAGUUAAUGGAUAUUACAUAAGAAAAAAGACAAGGAUCAUAGUGAAUGUGUGGGCUAUAGGACGAGAUCCUAAAAUAUGGUCAGAUGAUGCUUCUUUGUUCUAUCCAGAGAGGUUCCUCGACAGAAACAUAGACAUACGAGGACACGAUUAUGAAUUGUUACCAUUUGGAUCAGGUCGUAGAACAUGUCCUGGAAUUCAGAUGGGUCUGACUACAGUUAAAAUUGCUGUGGCUCAAUUGGCGCAUUGCUUUAAUUGGGAGCUUCCUUUAAACAGGCGUCCUAGUGACUUGGACAUGAACGAAGAGUUUGGCCUUACAGUCCCAAGAACCAAGCACUUGUUAGCCGUUCCAACUUAUAGAUUGAGCACAGAAUGUCCAUAUUAG